AGCUGCAGGCGCAGAGGCCGCUGGUGGAGCGCGCGGUGGUCACGCGCGAGGUGCGCGUGAUGGCGCGCGCAGUGCGCGCCAUGCUGGCGCUCCGCAGGAGGCUGACGGGCGGCGUCGUGCGCGCGUUCGUGCGCGCCAACGUGCACAGCGAGGCGGACGCGCACUCCACGCUGCUGGCGCUGCUGGCGCAGGUGGACACGGACGAGGACAUGGAAGGCGGGGCGGACGCCCCCUCGCCCGCACCACCUGCAUCCGCGGAAGGCGUGUCCACGUCGGUUGCAGCAGCAGGGGCGGGGGCGGGGGUGGUGCGGGCGACAUGGCUGCCGGAGGUGGAGAUGUUCUCCUUCCUCACCGCGCUCGUGCUGCUCAUCGACCGCAAGGCCUUCUCUCUCGCGUGUGAGUGUGCAUGGGCGGCGGUGAGGCGUCUGCAGCAGCUGAAUCGGCGCACGUUGGAUGUGUUGGGGGCGCGCAUCUACUUCUACUUCUCCCUCGCGCACGAGCGCACCACCGCCCUCGCCUCCAUCCGCAGCACGCUGCUGGCGGCGUUUCAGACGGCCACGCUGCGCCACGACGAGAUCGGGCAGGAGAUGCUGUUGAACCUGCUGCUGCGCAACUACCUGGCGUACAACCUGUACGACCAGGCUGACAAGCUGCGCUCCAAGGCCCUCCGCCCCGACUCCCACUCCAACCAGCAGCUGUGCCGGCAGCUGUACUACGCGGGGCGCAUAGCGGCGGUGCAGCUGGAGUACAGCGCGGCCAAGGACUGUCUGCAGCAGGCGGCGCGCAAGGCACCGGCGGCGGCGCUGGGGUUCCGCACCGAGUGCACGCGGUGGCACGUGCUGGUGCGGCUGCUGCUGGGGGAGAUCCCCGAGCGCCACCUCUUUGUGGCGCCCGGCAUGCGCUCAGCGCUGCUGCCCUUCUUCCAACUCACCAAUGCGGUGCGGGUGGGCGAUCUGCAGCUGUUCCACUUGGCGGCCACGCAGCACGCGGCGGUGUUUGCUUUGGGGCACAUGCAGAAGCUGAUCGUGCGGCUGCGCCACAACGUGAUCCGCACGGCGCUGCGCCGCAUCUCCCUGGCCUACUCGCGCAUCUCCCUCGCUGACAUCGCCCUCAAGCUCCACCUCCCCCCGCCCACCGCCGUUGCUGACGCCGAGUGCAUCGUGGCCAAGGCGAUUCGGGACGGGGGCAUAGAGGCGGUGAUAGAGCGGCGGCAGGGGUGCAUGGUGAGCAAGGAGGGCGGCGAUGUGUACACCACGCUCGACCCGCAGGCCGCCUUCCACACACGCAUCGCCUACUGCCUCAACCUGCACAACGAAGCAGUCAAGGCCAUGCAAUUUCCUCCCAGCACUCGUAAGGGCGAGGUGGAUGCAGAGGAGAAGAGGAGAGAGAGGCAGCUGGCGGAGCAAGAGUUGGCGCAGCACAUUGCCGAGGAGGGAGACGACGACUUCUGA